AUCGUCGUUUCGGUAAUCAGAGAAGCAAAGCAGAUAUCGAGGUCCUUCUGGGGAGAGAGACGGUUUUCCCCUUGGCGAUGGCGUUGAAACCGUUGAAUAACAUCUGGAUUCGGCGUCAGCAGUGUCCUUGCGGUGAUUGGAAAUGCUAUAUUAGGGUCGACGGAGAUGAUUCAAGCUUCCAGGUAGCUAAGAGCGAGAUGGAAACAUCAUCAACAACAUCGGCAUCAUCACCAUACGAUACUGUGUUCAUGCCUUACGUCGGUCAAAUCUUCAGAACCGACGACGAGGCGUUUGAGUAUUACAGCACAUUCGCUAGAAAGAGCGGUUUCUCGAUUCGGAAAGCACGAUCCACGGAAAGCCAGAACCUAGGAGUCUACAGGCGAGAUUUCGUUUGUUAUCGUUCCGGUUUCAAUCAGCCGAGGAAGAAAGCCAAUGUCGAGCACCCUCGCGAACGCAAGUCCGUGCGAUGCGGAUGCGACGCCAAGCUGUAUCUGACUAAAGAAGUUGUUGAAGGAGGCACUCAGUGGUAUGUCUCGCAGUUCAGCAAUGUGCAUAACCACGAGCUUCUUGAAGAUGACCAAGUGAGGCUUCUCCCCGCGUAUCGUAAGAUCCAGCAAUCUGAUCAGGAGAGGAUUCUUCUGCUCUCUAAAGCUGGUUUCCCGGUGAAUCGGAUAGUGAAGCUGCUUGAGCUAGAGAAGGGUGUUCAGGCUGGGCAGUUGACUUUUAUAGAGAAGGAUGUUAGGAACUUUGUUAGGGCGUGUAAGAAGACUGUUCAAGAGAACGAUGCUUUCCUCACCGAGAAACGAGAGACGGACCUGCUCGAGCUUCUAGAGUCGUGCAAGGCGUUGGCUGAGAGAGACGUUGGUUUUGCAUAUGACUGUACCUCAGAUGAAAACCAUAAAGUUGAGAACCUUGCGUGGGCUUACGCUGACUCUGUUCAGGCUUACUCUAUGUACGGCGAUGUGGUUGUUUUCGACACCACAUAUCGGUCAACCACCUACGGCUUGCUCCUUGGGGUUUUCUUUGGCAUAGACAACAAUGGCAAUGCGAUUCUUUUGGGAUGUGUUUUGCUGCAAGAUGAGAUCUCCCGUUCUUUUACAUGGGCUUUACAGACUUUUGUUCGUUUCAUGAGGGGAAGACACCCUCAGACGAUUUUGACGGAUGUAGACACAGGACUUAAAGAUGCUAUUGCGAGGGAACUGCCAAACACCAACCAUGUGGUGUUUAUGUGGCACGUUGUCUCUAAACUAGCAAGCUGGUUUUCUGAGACUCUUGGGUCGCACUAUGAUGAAUUCAGAGCUGGGUUUGAGAUGUUAUGCCGGGUGGGGAAUGUAGAUGAAUUUCAACGGCAGUGGGGUCUCCUUGUCACUCGGUUUGGUCUUGUUGCAGAUAAGCAUGCGGAUUUGCUUUAUUCUUGCCGAGCAACCUGGUCACCUUGUUACAUCAGAGAACAUUUCUCAGCUCUAACCAUGACCGCUGAGUUUAAUCUGUCUAUAGAUUCUUUCUUGAAAAGACUCGUCGCUGGACCUACAUGCAUGCAACUAUUUCUCGAAGAGGUUUGUGAAUUUACAGUUUUAGCUAAAUUUCAAUAUCGUUUUCAUCGCUGCCUUGAGUUCAUUAUUCUAGAGAGCAUGCAGGUCAGUGCUGCUGCCAAGCAAAUCCCUCCGCGAGUGCCUUAUCCGAGCAUGAAAACAAGUAUGCCUAUGGAAGAUCAUGCAAGGGGCGUUCUGACGCCUUAUGCCUUCAGCGUGUUACAAAACGAAAUGGUUCUGUCUGUUCAGUACGCUGUCUCUGAGAUGGCCAAUGGUCCGUACAUAUUACAUCACUUUAAGAAAAUGGAAGGUGAAUGUUGUGUGUUCUGCAACCCGGAAAACGAGGAGAUCCAUUGUUCAUGUAAGGAAUUUGAGCAUUCGGGAAUCUUGUGCAGGCAUUCUCUUCGAGUGCUGGCCGUGAAGAACUGCUUCCAUAUACCCGAACAGUACUUUCUGGUACGAUGGAGACGGGAAAGUCCUCUUGUCACUGAUGAGAAUCAAAAUGACCUGAGCGUUGGCGAUGAUGAUGACUCUGCUCAAACGUUUCAUUCCCUCACAGAAACUCUCCAAGCAGAGUCUAUGGUUUCAAAGGAUCGGCUUGAUUACACUAACCAAGAACUCUCUGCACUUAUCGAUCGUGUAAGAGAUAUUGCACCAGCUAAUACUUGUGUCAGCCAUGACUGC